CUUCCCGGAUAUCCUGUGACGUAGACGGACGUUAAGUAGUGUGGUUUGAAUCGUUUUGCUCCACACACUUUCAAGACAACCGUUUUAAUUAAAGGUUGACGGACGUAGGCGUUGUAUCGAUGAUAUCAUGGCUCACGUGACCAUCAACCAGUACCUACAGCAGAUCUAUGAAGCUGUGGACAACAGAGAUGGACAUGCCUUCUCGGAGCUGCUGUCAUUCAAACAUCCUCAUGUCGCCAAUCCACGUCUCCAGCUGGUAAACCCAGAAGAAAAGUGUCAGCAGAUUCUGGAGCCCCCCUAUGAUGAGCUGGUUGCAGCCCACUUGAGGUGUACAUACGCAGUGGCCAAUCAUGACUUUAUGGAGGCGUACAAGUUUCAGACCAUAGUGGUCCAAUCAUUCCUCAGAGCAUUUCAGUCACACAAGGAAGAGAACUGGGCUCUGCCGGUGAUGUUCUCUGUUACACUGGACCUCAGAGUCUUUGCUAAUAAUGCAGAAAAGCAACUCCAAAAGAAGGGAAAAGGUCAGCCGGGUGAGAUGUUGGAGAAAGCUGCCGAACAUCUGAUGAGUGGUUUCAGAAUCUGUGCGAGUGACAAUCGUGCAGGGAUUGAAGACUCAAAAAAAUGGGGGAUGAUGUUUCUGAUCAAUCAACUUUUCAAGAUCUACUUCAAGAUCAACAAGCUGCACCUUUGCAAACCUCUGAUCAGAGCCAUUGACAGCUCCACUCUGAAAAACGACUACAGUACAGCGCAGAGGGUCACGUACAAAUACUAUGUUGGGCGAAAGGCCAUGUUUGAUAGUGACUUCAAGACAGCUGAGGAAUGUCUGUCAUUUUCGUUUCGCCACUGCCAUCGCUCCAGCCAGAAGAACAAGAGAAUGAUUCUUAUUUACCUGCUGCCAGUCAAGAUGCUCCUGGGCCACAUGCCGACGCUGCAGCUACUUCGUAAAUAUGAUCUCAUGCAAUUUGCUGAUGUCACCAAAGCCGUCAGUGAAGGGAACCUUCUCCUGCUCAAUGAGGCUCUGACCCGUCACGAGACCUUCUUCAUCCGGUGUGGAAUUUUUCUGAUUUUGGAGAAGCUGAAGAUCAUCACCUACAGAAACCUGUUCAAGAGAGUGUACCUUCUACUGAAGAGUCAUCAACUGCCACUUGACUGUUUCCUGGUGGCUUUGAGGAUGAUGAAGGUCGACGACACUGACAUUGAGGAAGUUCAGUGCUUGCUGGCUAACCUUAUUUUCAUGGGUCACAUCAAAGGUUACAUUUCUCAUCAGCACCAGAAACUUGUUGUCAGUAAACAGAACCCAUUCCCAGCUCUCUCCUCAGUCUCUUAGACGUCCACUGGGUCUCCCUGCAGCUCGCCCGACAGCUACUUGGUUAUCAUUUAACAAUAAAAAUGUUUUUUUUGGUACUUGUAUUUCACUUCUAUUGUAAUCUAACCCACCUAGUCAUGUGCGUGGCUAGUUUCAUCUUUCAACUUCGGGAUGUCAAACUGAAUCCACCUCGACCCCCAGCCC